CUGUCCCUCAAACCGUUAGAGGGCCAGACUAUAGUUUAAAAAAAAGAAACUAUAUGGAGGCGGAGCAAGAUGGCAGCCGAGUAACAGCUUCCUUGCAUCUGGGCACCGUGAGUCUGGGGAGAUAGGACUCCAGGCAUCUCUGGCUGGUGGGAACUGCCUAUCAUCACUCCUAUGAAGAUACAGGGAGUAAGCGAGAGACUUCUGGACCCCAAGAGGAGGACUAAAACAGUGGAAAACCGGCAAGUGGUCGCGUGUGUUCAAUCCGUCUAAACCCGCCCACAACUGUAUGGUCUGAAUAUGCGUUGCUUGGCAGCUCGGGUCAACUAUAAGACUUUGAUUAUCAUCUGCGCACUCUUCACUUUGGUCACAGUACUUCUGUGGAAUAAGUGUUCCAGUGACAAAGCAAUCCAAUUUCCACGACACUUAAGUAGUGGCUUCAGAGGGGAUGGAUUAGAAAAAAGAGCAGCAGCAUCUGAGAGUAACAACUAUGUGAACCACAUGGCCAAACAACAGUCUGAGGAGGCAUUCCCUCAGGAGCAGCAGAAAGCACCCCCUGUUGUUGGGGGCUUCAGUAACAAUGGAGGAAGUAAGGUAUUAGGGCUCAAAUAUGAAGAAAUUGACUGUCUCAUAAAUGAUGAACAUACAAUUAAAGGGAGACGAGAGGGGAAUGAAGUUUUUCUUCCAUUUACUUGGGUGGAGAAAUAUUUUGAUGUUUACGGAAAGGUGGUUCAGUAUGAUGGCUAUGAUCGGUUCGAAUUCUCUCAUAGCUAUUCCAAAGUUUAUGCACAGAGAGCCCCUUACCAUCCUGACGGCGUCUUUAUGUCCUUUGAAGGCUACAAUGUGGAAGUCAGAGACAGAGUCAAGUGCAUAAGCGGGGUUGAAGGUGUACCAUUAUCUACACAAUGGGGACCUCAAGGCUAUUUCUAUCCAAUCCAGAUUGCACAGUAUGGGUUAAGUCAUUACAGCAAGAAUCUAACUGAGAAACCUCCUCAUGUAGAGGUAUAUGAAACAGCAGAAGACAGGGACAAAAACAGCAAGCCUAAUGACUGGACUGUGCCAAAGGGCUGUUUUAUGGCUAGUGUGGCGGAUAAGUCUAGAUUCACCAAUGUUAAACAAUUUAUCGCUCCAGAGACCAGUGAAGGUGUGUCCUUACAACUGGGAAACACAAAAGAUUUUAUUAUUUCAUUUGACCUCAAGUUCUUGACAAAUGGAAGUAUAUCUGUGGUUCUAGAGACCACAGAAAAGAAUCAGCUCUUCACUGUACAUUAUGUCUCAAAUGCCCAGCUAAUCGCUUUUAAAGAAAGAGACAUAUACUAUGGUAUUGGGCCCAGAACUUCAUGGAGCACAAUUACCAGGGACCUGGUCACUGACCUCAGGAAAGGAGUGGGUCUUUCCAACACAAAAGCUGUCAAGCCAACCAAAAUAAUGCCCAAGAAGGUAGUUAGGUUGAUUGCAAAAGGGAAGGGAUUCCUCGACAACAUUACCAUCUCAACCACAGCCCACAUGGCUGCAUUCUUUGCUGCCAGUGAUUGGCUGGUAAGGAACCAGGAUGAGAAAGGCGGCUGGCCUAUUAUGGUGACCCGUAAGUUAGGGGAAGGGUUUAAGUCUUUAGAGCCAGGGUGGUAUUCUGCCAUGGCCCAAGGGCAAGCUAUUUCUACAUUGGUCAGGGCCUAUCUGUUAACAAAAGACCAUAUUUUCCUCAAUUCAGCUUUAAGGGCAACAGCCCCUUACAAGUUUCUGUCUGAGCAGCACGGAGUUAAAGCUGUGUUUAUGAAUAAACACGACUGGUAUGAAGAAUAUCCAACCACACCUAGCUCUUUUGUUUUAAAUGGCUUUAUGUAUUCCUUAAUUGGGCUGUAUGACUUAAAAGAAACUACAGGGGAAAAACUCGGGAAAGAAGCAAGGACCUUGUAUGAGCGUGGCAUGGAAUCUCUUAAAGCCAUGCUACCCUUGUACGACACUGGCUCAGGAACCAUCUAUGACCUACGUCACUUCAUGCUCGGCAUUGCUCCUAACCUGGCCCGCUGGGACUAUCAUACCACCCACAUCAAUCAGCUGCAGCUACUCAGCACCAUUGAUGAGUCCCCAAUCUUCAAAGAAUUUGUCAAGAGGUGGAAAAGCUACCUUAAAGGCAGCAGGGCAAAGCACAACUAGAGCUCACAACCAAAAUCAUACUUCAGCCUCUGCUGUAUACAGAAACUACAGGCUCUUUCUCAGCAGAGCAUGGGCACAUUUUUAAAAGGUUGUAUACUAGGUUUUUGUGGAUUAUAUCAAAGUGAAAAGUGAUCUUUAAUGCCAGUCUUCUGAAAUAAUUGCAUUCCAUGGGUUGGAUGUUUAGAAAUGUAGGUGGCAUUUAAAACAGAAAGCGGUUAGACAAUGGGUUGAACAAAGAUGUUCAACUUUGCCUUGCCCAUAACCCUAUGCAGUCCACAGGUCACUGUCAGUUUGGAAAAGAUAAUGGUAAGUAGUUACUGGUCAACUGUCUAGCACUUACCUGAAAACUUAGUAUGGGGCUCUUUCUAAAUGUGCUAAUUUAUGUUGAAAGCAGACUUUGGAAAAGAUAAUGUGCUGUAAUACAGUAAAUAUGUACUUGUAGCCUGGAUAGUGGACUGUGUUCAACUUUUUAAGAAGAUAUUUCUUUUCUAUAGGUUAAUUUCUCAAGAACAAAUGAACAUUUGCUGUAUUUGUUCAGUUUGUUAUAUGUGGAGAAUAUUUUAAAUUAUAGUUUCUUGAAAUGUGUAAAUUAAAAACACAACCAGUGUUCAGGCUUCACUGUUAUAUAAUGUAAGCACAACUAAAAUGAAACUUCUUCACUGCACAAGAAAUUAUAAAAAUGUUAUCUGUUUUGAAACUUGUUCUACAAUCAGUAAAAGUUUGAUAAUCAGUCUCUCUCUUCCUCACCCACAUUGUGAUAGGUUUUUUUUAAUCACUAUCUAGAAUUUUGUAUUUUAUUUCAGACUACACUUAAGAGUUUUGUACAUUUUGCAGGGGGACAUUUUGGGGACAUUAUUUGGGAAAUUUAUUAAAAACCUAAAUUUGGAAAGGAGCUGAUAAUUUUAAGGCCACCACCACUUCCUUUUAGAAUUUUUCCCCCCUUUAAAGAAAAAUACCAUGUCAAAUAUUAUAUACAAGAAUCAUAGUGCGAUUUUUUCCCCUACCCUGAUCACUCUUAACCAUCAAAUUCCCAAACUAUUAAUUCUGUGUGUUAUUAUUUUGCCUUUGAAAUUUAAUUUUACCUUAUUCCACCUAUUAGAACAGAUGCUACUGCCAUUUGCUGUAGGUGUGUAUUCAGAUCUUUAUUAUGGCUGUAUAUCUUACUAUACCUCACAUGAGUAGAUUUCACAGCCCUUAUACUAUGGGCAGUGUCUGCUACGAAGCUUCACUAGUUUAAAACCAGGGAUUAGGUGAAAACCCAGUGGUGUUUAUUUGCGCUGGCUUUUGUUUUAGGGUAUGACAACACACUAUAUCUUAUAUAAAGUUUGAACUACAAGACCCCACACUUUCAGUCUGACAAACACAGUGUAGUUUUAUCUGUGAUCUAUUUAUAUAUCAAAUGCAGAUUUAAGAGCCAGGUAAGUUACCUGCCUACCCACUGUAUUUUAGUUGAAUGCAACCUACCAAGCACUACUUAGAAACUGGAAAAAAAAAAAAAAUAUAUAUAUAUAUAUAUUUAUAUAUACGUAUAUAUGUAAAAUACACAUACGCUUCAAAGGGGCAGGAGUAGAGAAGGUACAGAUCUACAUUGAGGACAAUAUUAAGCUGACCAUAGAAAAAUAAGCUUAAACUCCUAACAUACGUAACCACAACUCUUAAUGUGGCCAGUUGUGGGUUAGUAGGUUUUCUUCUAGCUUUUGACCUUUGUCUUAUAUGUUAGAGGUCUCAGUAAGAAUAUCUGGACUCCCCUAAUUUUUAUUUUCAUAGCCAAUCUUCAGAAUAAACUUUCUCCAAUCUGGAAACCUAUUUCUUUCCUCAUAUUGUUAUUGUUUAGAGAACGGUUUGGACUUCUGCUUUGUGUUGUAUAGUGGUCUUCAGAUUAGGAGAAUCAAUAAAAACAGUAUGGUACUGCUUUUGUGACAAAUAUCAGUGCCUUAACAAUGUGGCUGUCCUUUUCCACUGAAGAAGGAAAGACUUUUUGAUCUAGAAAUAGCACUGCUGGGCAGCGCCUGUGGCUCAGUGGGUAGGGUGCCCGCCCCAUAUACCGAGGGUGGCGGGUUCUAACCCAGCCCCAGCCAAACUGCAACAAAAAUUAGCCCCACGUUGUGGUGGGCGCCUGUGGUCCCAGCUACUCUGGAGGCUGAGGCAAGAAAAGCGCCUAAGCCCAGGGUUGAGGUUGCUGUGAGCUGUGACGCGACGGCACUCUACCAAGGGCGAUAAAGUGAGACUCUGUCUUUAAAAAAAAAAAAAAGAAAGAAAGGAAAAAAAAGAAAUGGCAUUGCUGUCUCACUGCUGUUUUACACUGCCUUUCACAUUGCAGCGGCAACUUGAUUUGUCUUGUAAUCCCAGUUUCUAAGAGGAUGAGCUGAACAUAGAGCAGCAUUGCCAGUACGGACUAGUGGUUCUCAAACCAUAGAAUCAUUUGAGAGCUUACUGAAAUGCAGAUCCCAGAAGUUCAGUAAAUCUGCCUGUGAUGUAUAAUACUCUGCAUUUAACAAGCACUCAGGUGAUUGUGAUGCAGCGCGCAGGGGGCAGACAUGGAGGAACACUGCCCAAGACUGUCCAUUGCAGUUUCGCCUCUAAACAACUAGAAAGUUUUCUAGGGUUUUAAAUCAUGUAAAAUGUUUACCUAUUAUGAGCUUAGAGAAAGUGGGGAGGGUAUUUUUAAGUUUUUUCCUUUACAUUUUUCUUUGUUUUAAGAUGAUAGGUAUUAAGAGUUUUGUUUAUUUGUUUGUUUGUUUUUCCAUUUUCCUUGAGUUUGCUUUGAUGAUGCAUCUAUUGCCACUUCAGUUAUAAAACCAGCCAAAAGUUUCUGGAUGAAGGUCAAGUUUGACCCUUCAGGGGUUAUUGUAUAAAGACUUCAUCCAAGAACCAUCGUGUAUGUGAGCAAAUGUAAACUGACACACAAGCACAACUCUCCAGAUGUGGCAGUCCUUUCUUUUUUUUCCAGUGCAAACUUUCACUGAAAGCUGCUAUUUUCAUUCUUCUUGUAAUUUGUUUUUCUUGUUUCUCUUCCAUUAUACAUGUGGGUUCUAUACCAUGUGUUAAAUAUGCAAUAAAGUGUUUACUGGAUGCCCUUCUGAAGGGUAGUCCUAUGUAAAGCUGUACAGACUUUGCAGUUCAAGCACAAUGUGCACAUGUUAGUUUUAUAUACAGCAAAACUUGAUUUUUUGCAGAUGGAAAGGUAUUUUGUUUCUAUACAAAGUAAAUGCAUUGUUUGUGCUUAAUGUAAAGCUGCUUUAUAAAAUUGUAAAAUAAAGUUUUUAUCUUA